GCAGACCGCGGAGGAAGUGCCGCCAGCGCCUCCCUCUCUGCGUCCUCCAUCCCAGGCCGGCCGGGGCUGCCGCGGCGCGCGGGUGCCGGGCCCUGCCUCGCAGGCCAUGGGGGAAGGGGGCGCCGUGGGGCGCCGCCGGCCCUUCCCCGGGGCGCCGCGGCGGCGCUGGUGGCGGCGGCAGCAGCAACAGCAGCGACAGCGGCAGCGGUGGUGGCCGGGCCGCAGCGAGGGCGCCGGGCGCGCCGCCAUGGGCCUGGCCGGGCUGCAGGAGAAUGUGUUCACCGGGCAGUCCAAGAUCUACACCUACAUGAGCCCGAACAAAUGCUCUGGAAUGCGUUCCCCCCUUCAGGAAGAGAACUCGGUGGCGCACCACGAAGUCAGAUGCCAGGGGAAGCCAUUCGCCGGAAUCUACCGGAGACGGGAAGAGAAGAGAACCACGGGAAACACCAUCCGAAGCACCAUGAAGUCCGAGGAACUAAAGAUCAAAGACGCCAGGAGAGGCCCCCUGGCACCUUUUCCAAACCAAAAAUCUGAAGCAGCAGAACCUCCAAAAACCCCGACCUCGUCUUGUGACCCCCCCAACGCGGCCCUGGCCAAGCCGGCCCUGAAGAAGCCCGGCAAGGGCAAGCAGGCCGCGCGCAAGAAAGCUCCAGGAAGGACGCAGCAGAACCGCAAACUCACAGAUUUCUACCCGGUGCGGAGGAGCUCCAGGAAGAGCAAAGCGGAGCUGCAGUCCGAAGAGAGGAGGAGGAUAGACGAGCUGAUCGAAAGCGGGAAGGAAGAAGGAAUGAAGAUCGACCUCAUCGACGGCAAAGGCAGGGGCGUGAUCGCCACCAAGCAGUUCUCCCGGGGCGAGUUCGUGGUGGAGUACCACGGGGACCUCAUCGAGAUCACUGACGCCAAGAAGCGGGAGGCUCUGUACGCACAAGACCCCUCCACCGGCUGCUACAUGUACUACUUCCAGUACUUGAGCAAAACCUACUGCGUGGACGCCACCCGCGAGACGAACCGCCUGGGCAGACUAAUCAAUCACAGCAAGUGCGGGAACUGCCAGACCAAGCUGCACGACAUCGACGGCGUGCCUCACCUCAUCCUCAUCGCCGCCCGCGACAUCGAGGCCGGGGAGGAGCUCCUGUACGACUACGGCGACCGCAGCCGGGCGUCCAUCGAAGCCCACCCCUGGCUGAAGCAUUGACCGCCCCUCCCCUGCCCCGCCGUGGACAAAGUGCCCUCGAAGGGAAUUGAUUUUUUUUUUUUACACACACUUAAUCUUAGCAGAUUACUUCAGAUGUUUUUAAAAAGUAUAUUAAGAUGCCUUUUCACUGUAGUAUUUAAAUAUCUGUUACAGGUUUCCAAGGUGGACUUGAACAGAUGGCCUUAUAUUACCAAAACUUUUCUAUUCUAGUUGUUUUUGUACCUUUUUUGCAUACGAGUUGGACGCCCUGGACGCCCGGGCUUCCCGUGCAUGCGGGCCAGAGGCUCGGCGCGGGGUUUCCGAGGACAGAGUCGCACGCGAGCUGCGGGGCCGGGUGCCGCUGCCGCCCCCGGCCGCAGGGCCAGGACUCUUCCCCGCUCCCCGAGGUCCGAGCGCCGGUGGCCGGGAAGGCGCAGCGCCCCCCGGCGGCCUGGACGGGAUGUAAGCUCUUGUUUCCCUGAUGUCUCGCCAGGCGCACAUGGAAGUGUAUGAAUAUUUUUUAAAAGGGUUUCGCAGUACGUUAGUCUUCCCCUCUGCUUUCUCGAAAGCUUGCCGCCCUGGUGGCCCCUGGGCACGGGCUGGGCCUAGGUUUACUCUUCCACGGGCCGCCGCCGUGCUGGCACCCGGGAGCGCCGGGGCGGCCGUCGAAGGAGUCGUAGGCAGGGAAAAGCGUUGCUUAGCUGGCCCUGCCAGGGCAGGGCUUCCCAAAACUGGGGUGAUUCUUUAUAGAAAUGUGAACACUGAAUUUAUUUUAGGAAAGUAAUACAAAUUAAAAAAAAAACAAAAAAGAUAAAAAAAAGAAAAAACCACAGAAAACAACUUACAUGUACAUAGGUCUUCAAGUGAGUGGAGUGGCUGCAUUUUUUUUCUUUUACUUUUGGUUUGGUUUUUGGUUUGUUUUUGUAGAGGAGAUUUGAGAUGGUACUCUAUUCUAAUCAAAAAAUAAGUUUUGUAGUGGGACCAGAAAUUACUUAUCCAGUACCCCCUGCCCUGCCCCG